GGGGCGAGGCGAGCGCUUUACGCCCCCCGUAGCUGGAACGUCGCCCUGCGUGGAGGGGCGGGGGAGCCCCACAGCCCGCUGGGGCCGGGGACGCGGUUCCGGGGGGUUGGGGACUCUGGUCCUGUUCCGAGGCAGGGGGAAUCGGGGACCCCCCCCGCAGGCCCCGGAGCUGGGGGCAGGGCGCUCCCGUCCCUACCCUGGGGCCGAGGGACUGUUCGGCUGCCUGGGGGUGAGGUGGAGGGCCCCUCUCCCCCUCUGUCCUUGGGGACCGUGCGGCAGUGACCCCAGCCUGUCUCUUGGGGUGAGAGACAAAGACUCUCAAACGCACGAGGUUGCAGCUGAAGCGGGGACGUGCGGGGCUGGGGAUUUGACAUUUGGAGGCAAAAUAAACCUGCCACCCGAAAUCUCUUCGCCAAGCCGCCCAGGAAGUAUCACGCCGCUGUUCUGCAGGAGCACAAAACUCCCGAUUCCGGAUGUCAAUAGGAGAAUGCCGUAUUGAGCACAGAAUAGCUGAUUGGUUGGCCUCAACGUGAAUGCACCCGCCUCGAGUUCAGCGAGUGUGUCACCCAGCCAAUAUCAGUGUGAAAAGUGCACAGUUAAUAAGGACAAUAUUUACUGUUAAUGAUGCUGGGUUUUGGUUUUAAUUUUGUUCUGGUUCUGAAACGAUGCUGCAAAGAUCAAAGCAAAUCUGUUUAAGAAUGGUAUCUUGCAUCUGUCUCGGAGCAUUUCACAAACUAGGAGUACACUUUUCAGCUGCCUAAUAAAUAGAUAUUAUUUCAUUUAUCAGUGCAUAGCAAUGUUACAUGAUAGGCUAGAAUGGGAAGAGACUAGGGUUUUAAUAACUUAGUAAAUGCUUAAAAUAUGCAAAUCAAUUAAAAAUUAUGAAAAUAUUCUGAUCAAUCGGUUUAAAAAAAUUCAGAACUGCAUUAAGGCUUCACCAUAAAUCUUUUUGGCUGCUUAUGAAGUUUUUGAUAUUAAAGCUGCACUAUUGAAAUGAAGAAAAGGAGAAAGUUCCCUGGAAAUCUAAAUGAGAAGCUACAUUUUGGCCAUGAGAAAAAUAUUUCUGAUGGGGUUUUUAUAGUAGAUUCUGACCAAGAAACUGUCACCAAAUCUGCAGAAGUAGCUAUUACGGACCAACUUGACUGUUCCCAAGAACUUCCUCCAUCACCAGAACAAAGAAAACUCUUAAGUUCACUGCAGUAUAAUAAAAAUCUACUUAAAUAUUUAAAUGAUGAUAGACGGAAACAACCAUCUUUUUGUGACUUACUUAUAAUAGUAGAAGGAAAAGAAUUUAGCGCACACAAAGUUGUUGUAGCUGUUGGCAGUAGUUAUUUUCAUGCUUGUUUGAGCAAAAACCCAAGCACGGAUGUUGUCACACUGGAUCAUGUAACUCAUUCUGUUUUUCAACAUUUGCUUGAGUUUUUGUACACAUCUGAGUUUUUUGUAUAUAAAAAUGAAAUCCCUUUAGUGUUGGAAGCAGCUAAAUUUUUAGACAUUAUAGAUGCAGUCAAACUGCUCAAUAAUGAAAAUAUUUCCUGCAUACAAUCUGAAGCGUUAACUGAAAACCCAAUACCAGCUGAAACUCUCAAUGAAUUGACUGGUAAACUAUCAAAUAGUCACCAGUGCACUUUUUGCAGUCGAAACUUCUGUUACAAGAAAUCCUUAGAAAACCACUUGGUUAAAGCUCACAGAUCCCUUCCACUGGAAAAAAAACAUGGUUUAAAAAUGGUUGAGAAAGCAGACUUUUCUACCAGAAGAUCUACAAGGAACCGUAAAUGCCCAGCUAAGUUUGAUAACAGUGAUAACGAAAGCAGCGAUGUGUCUGACAGCAAGGAAAAAGUCCAUUCUGAGAGAGAAAUAUCUGUUAAAAACGAAUGUGAAGAUAAUGGAAGUGACUGCAAUGCAGAUGAAGAGGGUCAGGAAGAAGAAGAAAUACCAGAUGAAGAUUCUGAUGCUGAAGAGCAAAGUAAAAAAGAACAUAAUGAUACUGAAGUGAGUCCUGAGCCAGUUGAUUCAGUAGGAAAUAUUCCUGAAGGUUUAACUCCAGUAAUCAUUCAGAGUAGUAGCAAAAAACUAUUGCAGUGUCCCAAGUGUGACAAAACAUUUGAUCGAACAGGGAAGCUCGAGAUCCAUACCCGUGCACACACAGGUGAGAAGCCCUUCGAGUGUGAUAUUUGUCAUCAGCGCUAUUCCACAAAAUCUAACCUGACAGUUCACAGAAAGAAACACAAUAAUGAAACAGAAUUUCAUAAGAAGGAGCACAAAUGUCCAUAUUGUAAUAAACUUCAUGCAAGCAAAAAGACCCUAGCAAAACAUGCAAAGAGGUUUCAUCCAGAGAACGUACAAGAAUUUCUUUCCAUUAAAAAGACAAAGAGUGAAGGCUGGAAAUGUGAUAUUUGUAAGAAAUCUUUUGCUCGAAGACCCCAUUUGGAAGAACACAUGAUUCUUCACACUCAGGAUAAACCUUUCAAGUGUACCUAUUGUGAAGAGCACUUUAAAUCCCGGUUUGCAAGAUUGAAGCAUCAAGAAAAAUUCCAUCUUGGUCCUUUCCCAUGUGAUAUUUGUGGUCGUCAGUUCAAUGACACUAGAAAUCUAAAACGCCAUAUAGAAUGUACUCAUGGGGGGAAGAGAAAAUGGGUGUGUUUUAUAUGUGGAAAAUCAGUCAGAGAAAGAACAACUUUGAAAGAACAUUUGAGAAUUCAUAGUGGGGAGAAACCUCAUCUUUGUAGUAUUUGUGGGCAGAGUUUUCGUCAUGGAAGUUCCUACAGACUUCAUCUACGAGUUCACCAUAAUGACAAAAGGUACGAAUGUGAAGAAUGUGGGAAAACGUUUAUUCGGCAUGAUCAUCUAACAAAACACAAAAAAAUACACUCAGGUGAAAAAGCACAUCAGUGUGAGGAGUGUGGAAAGUGUUUUGGCCGUAGAGACCACCUAACUGUCCAUUACAAAAGUGUUCAUCUAGGAGAGAAAGUGUGGCAAAAAUAUAAAGCAACAUUUCAUCAGUGUGACGUCUGCAAGAAAGUUUUUAAAGGGAAAUCAAGUUUGGAAAUGCAUUUUAGGACACAUUCAGGUGAGAAACCAUACAAAUGUCAAAUCUGUAGCCAGUCCUUUAGAAUUAAGAAGACAUUAACAAAACACAUGGUUAUUCAUUCAGAUGCUCGACCUUUUAACUGCCAGCAUUGCAAUGCAACAUUUAAACGAAAAGACAAGUUGAAAUACCAUAUUGACCAUGUACAUGGAACAAAAGCUGCAGAAGAAACAGUAACCACUUCUGAAGAGAAAGUAAUCUCCUUGCCAGUACAGUACACCCCUGAUGACAAAGUUUUCCAAAUUGAGUCUAAACCAUACAUGGAUCAGCCCGAAGUUUACGAAACAGAAGUCAAACCUAUGCUACAGAAUGUACCAGCAGAAGUAUGUGUGCCAGUAACACUGGUACCAGUUCAGAUGCGGGAACCUCAAGCUGAUCUAGUACAACAUACCACUACUCUCUCACCCCAGUCUCAUGGCAUUCUUCCCCCACAGAUACAGCAGCCAGAUUAUCAACGAACAACAGAAAUGGCAUUUCUGGAAAAAUAUACUCUCACUCCCCAGCCUGCAAAUAUAGUUCAUCCUGUCAGACCUGAGCAAAUGUUGGAUCCUAGAGACCAAUCUUACCUUGGAACUUUAUUGGGGCUUGAUACAGCUCCAACUGUACAGAAUAUGUCAAAUAAUGAACAUUCAUGAUCGGACCCAUAACAUUCCACCUAACUUACCAAGCCAUUAGCCACCAGAGGACUAAUAUGGCUACUAAGUUUUUUGUAGUUUAUUUGGACUUCUAGUCUUUUAUGAACAGUUUUGUUGAGUGCAAGGAAAAAAUAGAUUUGUUUGCAUAUAUGAACAUUAAGACACAUUUUGAUGUAUAUUUAUAGUGUUUCUUGUGGUUUUAAAGACUUUUAAAAAUCUUAUAGAAGGUCUUUUGAAAACAGGUUCUCAAAUAUCUUUUAAGAAUACUAGCUGCAGCAAACUUUAAUCCCAUACCUGGCCAUUAAUAAAAAUAAUUGUUCACCUGUCUGCAUCUCACUUUCCAAAUAAACCUUUCUUUAGAUAAUGGAAAAGUAUAUUAGAAGGGUUAUGGCCAAUUCAUUAGGGUCACGAUUGGAAAAGAACAUGAAACUAAACCUCUUAAUGAUCCCUCACCUUAAACUAAAAUUUAACUUUAUCCCAGACAAACCUGGUUACAUUUUUUUACUGUAAUUCAUAUCUGAAUAAUGGAAUUAUGAAUCUGAGACUAUAAACAGUACUUGUGCUCUCUUAACCUUGGUUCAAUCUUCUAGAACGUUUCCAACAUUUGGGCCUUGAAAGGUUUAGAGAUGUGGUGAUAAUAUACUGUAACUCUCAGGCAAUAAUAAGAUUGGAAUAGUUCAUCCUUGUUUAUGAGCACAGAAUCAAACCAAGCUGAAGUCCGCACUGGUAUGCCCAUUUCUACAUUACUGCUGUGUAAAGUAAUGUAAAAAGCUCUUUUCAGAAAAGUAAUUUGCUUCAAUUCAUUAAAAGAUUAAUGAAAUCAGCAAUUAUAAAUCUUCAGUUGGCUUCUGGAAAAGAAAGUGAAAGGAAGUCAUUUGUUUUUUCACCUUACAUGAUAUACAUUGUAUAUAGGUGACAAAUAAUUAGGAAGAGGAAGGAAGAUUAGAACAUGUAAGGGCUUUAACUAUUUUUAUUGUUUCCUUACUGUUCUUCUAGUGUAGAACCAUAUCAAAUCCACUAUCUAGAAUAAUUUAAAUUAUUAAAUCCCUCAAAUUUUCUUCUAAGUGGAGCUCUGCAAAUCCUUGGAUAUCUGCAGAUCAUUUUUGUGGAUUGCGGAUCGGAUGCGCAUACAAACUUUGUAUCCGUGCAGGGUUCUACUUCUAACCUCAUUCCCAAAAUAAUACUUUCCUUGUUUUAGACUCAGUCAAUCUUGUGCCAAAGGAAAUACGUGGAAUCAUGCUUGUCUCUCAAUUAUGUCUCAUUAGGGAUUACAUUUUAAACUAAUGUCUACUUCCCAUUAAAAAUCUGGUUUUCUUGCUUUUAUUAUUAUUGUAAAAUAUUUAUAUCCAAUUUCUAAAUUAUGAAACAAAGUUCAUUUGCCAUGGUGAGUUGUUGUUAAAGUUCUGCAUUUGGUAGGAGCAUAAAUAGUUUCUGAAAAAAUGUCAGCAUCCUACUGCUACAAACUCUCUUAAUGGCCCUAUCUUAUAAAAUGCUAAUCACUUUCUGUGAGGUGUUUGAGUGCUUUUCAGGAUUGGGGCCAGGACUUGGUGUUUGGUCAUGUGUAGAAACUUUUCAACCUCACUGAUUCUCAUCUAAGUGCACCAAAGAUUUCUGUUAGCAGUUGAAUUAGUACUAGCCUGCAUAGAAUUCAAAUGUAUCAUUAUUUAAAUAAGGACUUGUCCAAAGAAGCACAAUAGAAGUCCUAGACUUACAGAUCUUUAAAAUUCAGUUCCAAUAGUGGGACUAAGUGUAUGUUUAAUUGUUUUGUGUCUAUAUGUACAAAGCAAGAUGAGAUGAAGUACUCUGGGAACGUUCAUACGGAGAUGCUGUACAUAUGUCAGGUAAAAAGAUGAGUACUAAUUAACAUUAUACAACAAUAUUCAGCCCAUUGAAUGCCAUCUUCUAAAAGGACACUGUCAAGUACUGUGCUCCCCGCUUGUUCUCUGCAAAAAAAAAAAAAAAAAAAAAAAAGUUUUAAAUGACCACCAUUCUUGCACUCCAAUGCACAAAAAUACUAUUUAGUGUGUACCUUUAAAGUUGACAAGCACUGGAGUUUUUACCCUUCUGUACGCCCAUACUGUUUGUGAAACACAAACCAAUGUGGUUUCCAAAGGUUAUGCUCAUACCAUCAAAGAUAAACUGACAUCAAUGCUGUCAGCACAGUUCUGAGACUGACAUUCUAACUUUGCAUUCUUUACUUACUUACUUCCUCUGCAAUGAGUGUGGAGAGGAUUUCAAUUAAACAGUGGCUUAAAAAUUUUGGUGGUUAAGUUUUGUUUUAUUUUGUUUUUAAAUCCAAUCAGUCUGGAACACACUUCACAUUAUUUAAGUAAUAUAUGCCCCAAAUUCAACCUCAACAUUUAAUGUUCUUUUUAGGUCUGUCAUGAUUGUGCCUAUUUGUACAUUGACUGAUCACUCUAGUUGAUUAAUUAUUAAAGCCAAUAUUUUCAAAAGUGCCUAGUGACUUUGGGUGCUCAACUGGAGACACUUUAAAGGUGUUUAAGUUGGGUACUCCAGAUCACUAUGCUCUCUUAAAAAUGUUGGCCUAAUAGUUCAUCAGUUCAGUUUUACAGUUAACCAAACUAGUUUGCAUCUUUACCUGCUGGUCAGGCUCAAUCAUUGCCUGAAGGGAAAAAAUAGUUCAUGUAGGAAAAAUUACAUAGAAUUGCUAAAUUAUUAAAUAGUUAAUUUUUUUCAUGUGCUGGGUUUUGAUUCUUAUGGCCUUAUGGGUAUAGUGAAUUUGCAUGUGAGUCAAGUAAAUCACCAUGGACUGGUACUUCAUUCUAUAAGCAUGAACAGAUGAUCUUCAACCUGAGAGAGAGCCCUAUUUCUGAAUAAAAUGGUUUGGAUUGAGAGAAAAAUAUGAACCAUCUUGACUGCACAGAUCAUAGCUUCUUGGCCAUGGUACCGUCAUAUAUCAAUAAACACAUGUAUUUGUACCUAUAUAACUAGAGCAUAUUCUUUAAGCAUUGAGAGAGAGCUUUUACAAUAAAGGCUGCUUUAAUCUUGUAGCAUUGACUCAGCUCACCACUUAGACCCACAUCCUUCUUAAGCUUUCUCUUUAAAAUGUCACUUUCUGAUCAGUGCCAAAUAUUUAAAAAUUGUGGGGGGGUUUUCCUCCCACAAAAACAGCUUUGGGAGGAAAAGUGGAAUCUUCAUUUGUGCUCUUCUAUCUAAAAGGGUUUUUGUGAAAUUUUCUUUAAUCUUAGGCUCCUAUGUAGUUCUGCAAAAAAUACUGCAUUUAUGUUCUGUUUACAUAUUGCAUAUGCCUUUCAAAAAACCUUUGAUUUUUCCCUUGUAUUUACCAGGUCACUGAUUAUUCCAAGAUAUCAUAUCUUUGAAUGGGAUUUAUUUAUUUAUUUUAAGAAAUUCUUCCUGAGCAUUGCUACUCUUUCUACAGUAGUAUCGUUUUCCAAGGCUGUCCUUAUUCUGGACAGCAGCAGUAGUAGUGACAGUGGUAUAGCUUGGCUUAUAUUGUGUACCUUGAAGAUUAAAAAUAUGUAAAUUAAAAGUAAAAUAAUAUUUUAAGACUAAUCAUGUCUCAAAUACCACUCAGAAAUGAAAGACUUAAAGUGUAAAGAAAACUGAUACACUGUAGUAAACAAUCCUGGGGAGAAACAUAUUGGGAACAGAAUUUUCUGGACAGGUCACUUGUUCCAAUAUCCAAAAUAUAAUGCUUCAGAGCAAGUCAAUAACCUCUUCAUAAUGUGCUUGACCAGAUGUAAAAUGCAUUAUGUAGACAGGGAAUUAAUUACCCUUCCCUCCCCCCUGCCUUUCUUGGUUUUUUUUUUUUUUUUUUUUUUUUUAAUUAUUUUUAUUUUUUUAAGGUGGAGCUUUCACGUAAAGCAGACAUGAACUGUGAGAAUAUAGUUGCAGAUCAGAGCUUUUUUUCCUUCUUGGGGUGGAGAUGGGGAAUCCAUUCAUGGAUAUCUGCAUAAAAGUAAAAAGCAAUUCGAGAUCAAUUUCCUUAAAUUGAUCUCACAUGAAUAAUAACUUCAGGCUUCAGGAAUUGAUAUGGUGCUUGAGUGCAGGAAGCAUAUUUGUGUGUGUGUGUGUAUCCUUAUGAUUGCUGUCAUCUUUGACCUUGCUUAUAAGAUCAGGAGUAUUUAAGUCAUGUCAUCAUGGGCCUCUUCUUUAACAAGCUAACAUGCAUAAGUAUUGAUUGAAUGUUACUGCUGAAAAAAAGGGGGCAGACACUUUGAUAAAAUCCAUAACUGUCCUUUCUCUAUAUUUUAUGAUGACUGUUCUGGUGCAUUAAAGGUAACUAUUUUCAAAUUGUUUGAAGUCUCCCAUAACAAAGCAUUUUGUUCAUUUUAAAAUGUUAAACUUUUUUAUAUAAAAAAGAGCAAAAUAAAAAAAUUGGUAAUAUUUGGCCACUGUUAUUUGAAAUGCUGUGCUUUUUAGUGCGGUCUGUAAUAGACUGAUACUUUAGGUGGAAGUCUUUUUAAGUACAAUUGUCUUUUUUUUAGGGAAAAAUCACUCUGCUAUAAGGCAUUGUAAAUGUAGAAUAACUCAGUCCUCUGUGUAAUUGUUUGAUAUUAAAUUUUUUAAGUUCCUUUGUCCUAAUGUUGCUUGCAUUUCAACAUUUCUUGCAGGAGUGGUUGUGUAGGAGCAGGAUUUUAUAAUUGUACUAUGAGAAUUAAUGUA